ACAAUCCUGUUCUUGGCCCCCCGAACAAGUCUAUACAUUCCUUAUUCAGGAAAUGAAUUUUAUUGACUCGUAUAAUUAUAAAGGUGAACUGUCAGUUUGACAGAUUAAUAAUGAGACAUUUUGUCGUUCUAGGAAAAUUGUUUUAGAAAAAUUAUUCUUUCUAUUUAGAGAGAUUUUUUAAAACUACAAUUUAUAUUAAAUGAUAAUUGAUUAGUUUAAGUUAAAUUUUAGUGAAAAUUCUUUUUUGCAAAAGCUUUUUAUUACACGACUGGGAUGCACAGGAAUAAGUAAAUUAAUUUAUAGCAAAAAAUAAAAAAAAGUUUAAUUAACUCGGAUGAAGAAUAGGUUAUGAUUUAUUUUGACUUUGCAAUAAAACAGGCAUUUUAUUGCAAUUUACCUUCAGUAUUCAUAUAUUCGACAAAAGCAAAUAAUCUACUUUUAGAAUUUUUUAUAUUUCUUGUAACCAUAGCUACUAACGAGCUGGCUCUAUUAGCGAAGCUGGAAGAGGCCAAUAGGCUGAUUGAAUCAGAUGCCAAAUCGCUGAAUUCAUUGCAAAGUAAUCAUAGUAGAAAAGGUUCUGAUACAUCACAAACAUCUCUAACGACAGGAUGUAGCGAGGGUGGAACACAAAGUCGUUGUCCUGGCGAUGGAGAUGAAAAUAUUUGGAAUCUUUGGGGCAAUAUAGCGGCCGAUUGGGAUAAUCAAUGGAAAAAAAGAAAAGAUUUUAUUAAAGAUUUAGUGAGGCAGGGUGUGCCACAUCAUUUUAGAGGAAUUGUUUGGCAAUUAUUGUGCGGAGCACAUGAUUCUCCUGUUAAAAAACAAUUUGCCGAGUACAUAAAAUGUACAUCGGCAUGCGAGAGAAUUAUACGAAGAGAUAUUGCAAGAACAUAUCCGGAACAUGAUUUUUUUAAAGAAAAAGAUGGGUUAGGCCAGGAGAGUUUAUUUAAUGUCAUGAAGGCAUACAGCCUUCAUGAUCGUGAAGUAGGAUAUUGUCAAGGCUCAGGUUUUAUUGUAGGAUUACUUUUGAUGCAGCAAAUGCCUGAAGAAGAAGCAUUUGCAGUGCUUGUUGCUCUUAUGCAAGAAUAUCGUCUUCGUGAUAUGUUUAAGCCAAGUAUGGCUGAAUUGGGUGUUUGUAUGUAUCAAUUGGAACAUUUGGUUGCCGAUACACACACUGAAUUGCAUGCUCAUUUUACUGCGCAAGGUUUUCACACCUCAAUGUAUGCGUCUUCGUGGUUUUUAACACUUUUUACAACAACAUUAAGUCUUCCUCUUGCUUGUCGUAUUUUUGAUGUUUUUCUAUCGGAAGGAAUGGAGAUAAUAUUUAAAGUUGCACUUGCCAUGUUACAUUUGGGCAAAGAAGAUUUAUUGAGUCUCGAUAUGGAGGGCAUGUUAAAGUUUUUCCAAAAAGAUUUACCUGGUCGUGCUGAAGCCGAUCCAAAUGGUUUAAUGAAUCUUGCAUAUGAAAUGAAAAUAAAUCCAAAGCGAAUGAAAAAAUUAGAGAAGGAUUAUACAAUAUUAAAAAUGAAGGAACAAGAAGAAAUGGUUGAAUUACGUCGAUUGAGAGCUGAAAAUCGUUUAUUGCGUCAAAGAACAGAAUUAUUGGAAGCUGAAUCAACUGAGCUUGCCGAUCGUUUAGUUAGAGGACAAGUUUCACGUGCCGAAGAAGAAGAAACUGCAUUUGUUGUACAACGUGAAUUGGCAGCACUUCGUCAUACACAUCUUGAGACUAGUCAUCAAUUGGAGCAAGCACAUGAGGAAUUACGUUCAUUGUCAAUGAUAUUGGAGGAAAAUCUCACAUCAAAACAAUCGUCACUUGAUGAAAUUCACAAUAAACAAGAGGCUUUAUGUCAAAAAGAAGAAAUGGUACAAUGCCUGCAAGAGGAAUUGGUGAGAGUAAGAUUACAUGAGGCUGAGAACGAUGCAAUAAUACGUGAUUUACGUGCAAGAAUACAAGAAUUGGAACAAGAUAAAAAAACAUUACGCGAAACAACACCUGAUAAUUCUGUUGCACAUUUACAGGAGGAACUUAUUGCAGUGAAACUUCGAGAGGCAGAGGCUAAUUUAUCAUUGAAGGAUCUUCGACUGAGAGUUACUGAAUUGAGUGCAGCGUGGCAAAAGCAUUUACAGGAACAUCGUUCAUCACAUACGGCACAAGCUGCUGAUUCAACACCGAAAAAAUUACUUUUUUGGGAAAAUCGUGGACAUGAAAUUCAAAAACUCGAGGAAGAUUUAAUGACAACGCGAAUACGUGAAAUGGAGGCAUUGACUGAAGUUAAGGAACUUCGUUUAAAAGUAAUGGAACUUGAGACACAAGUUCAAGUUGCGACGAAUCAACUUCGACGACAAGAUGAAGGUAGUAAAGUACUUAAAGAUGAUUUGGAAGCGUUGACAGCAAAGGAACGUGAUUUAAUUGCAAAAUUACGUGAACAACAGCACAAAUACACUGAUUUAGAAUCAAAAAUGAAAGACGAGACAUUGAUGUCGAAAAUUCGUGACGCCGAACAUGCACAACAAGUAGCUGAAUUAAAUCAGAAAAUAUCAAUUUUGGAAUUAAAGAAUGAGGAAAUGUAUACAGAGGGUGAAUUGAGAAGUAGUUUGGAGGAUUGUGAGCGGGUACGUGAAUUACAAGACAAAAUUGCGGAUCUUAAAGCUGAGGUCGUGAGACUUGAAACUUGGAAACAGCGAUGGACAGGAAAAAAUGUAGAAUCAACACGAAAUUACAAUAUUGAGAAGGAAAGUGAAUUAUUAGAUGAACGAGAUCUCAGAAUCUGCCUUCAGGACCACGUCAAUAUUGUAUCAAGAAGUCCUCCCGAGGUCUAGGAUUUGUACAUCUUUUUUUACUGCCUUGAAUUGGAUAACUAUUAAUAAUAUAAGUAUAUAUAAUGUUUAAUUAUAUAUCUAAUAACAUUUUUAGUAGUGUUAUCUAUCAGCAUUACUUGUCGGAACUUUUUAUCAGUUGAAAAAGGAAAAAAAAAUUGGUAUCAGUGUUUUCUAUGUAGUACAUGAACACUGUAGAGUUAAAUACUUUUACACAGAAAACGAUAAAAUUAUGAUGCUUCAAAGUAAAAUGCAUAAAUAGAAGAAAGGAAUUUCCCAGUGUUGGAUAGUAUUUUUACAAAGAAAAAAAAAAUUACUUUAACUUUUUUUUACAUUUAAUUAAUUAAUAAAUAACUUAAACCAUAAUUUAGCAAUAAGUAACUGAAAAAAUAAUUUUAAAAAUUAACUUUAAUUAAGGGAAAAAAUUGAUUUUUUACUAAAAUCAUAUUUUUUUUACAAAUAUUUUUAAUUCUGAAUUUUUGAUAAAAUUUGUUACUAAUUUUUAAUUAUUUCUAUUAUACGAUUUAUCAUAUUUUUUUCCCUUAAUAAUAAAAUAUUUAAAUAAAAAAAAUAAUAAAUUAGAAUAAUUUUUCUAGUUACACAACGAGUUAGUAAUUAAAAAAAUAAA